UUCCGGGAUCACGCCACCGCUUCCACUUGGGAUCCACGCAGCAGCAGCGAUAUGGCUGAUCAUCACCGGGACGGGACGGUGCUGUGUUUAUGAGCGAAAGUAAAGGCAAAUAAUGCGUUAUUACAGGCCCACGAUGCGCUCGCUCCGGCGAUGGGACACCGCGGCACACCGUGCAACACAGGAAUAAGACUCACCUGGCGGGUAAAAUAGGCAAUCUGGUGUGUUUUACAGCAAACUAGUUGGAGGAACUUGUCGCAGUGGAUUCAUCCCAGCGUGCCGCCUGGAUUACCACACACAAGUGGAACAAUAGUCUCCUGCAGCACCAACACUAGCAGGCCUUUGGGCCCCGGUGGUGCAAUUGAGAAGAUGGACAGGAUGAAGAUAAUCAAGCGGAGGCUGUCCAUGUCCCUACGCAGCGCUCGGCCCGUUGACGACUCCCUGUCCGAACUGGCAGAACAGAUGGCCUUGGACGAGCCAUCCGCAGCCAGGGACAAUGGUGAGACACGUGAACAAGUGCAGUCACAUGCAGAGCCCAUGGUGGUGUGCGCCGUGCACCCUCCUGCCUCACACAGUGCUCCCUCCUUCCUGCGUCAAUAUGCUGGUCAUCUGGGCCGCACCGCCCUGCGCAGAGAGCCGGGUGGGGGGCUGGAAAGAGACAGAGCCUUCCUGAGCCUGCACAGAACUGGAUCUCUGGGUAUCGUCCAUGAGAACGUGAAGAUGGGUUCAGAUGGGGAGAGCGACCAGGCAUCUGGGACAUCUUCUGAUGAGGUCCAAAGUCCAGUCAGGGUCCGUAUGAGGAACAACCACCAUCGGCGCAUCUCAAAUGAGGACAUAAACAAACGUCUGUCUCUCCCAGCUGAUAUCAGGCUACCGGAGGGCUACUUGGAGAAGUUUGCCAUGAACAGCCCACCCUUUGACAAGCCCAUGAGCCGCAGGCUACGACGUGCCUCAUUGUCUGAAAUCGGCUUUGGGAAACUUGAGACCUACAUCAAACUGGACAAACUAGGGGAGGGGACCUACGCGACAGUGUUUAAGGGGCGAAGCAAGUUAACAGACAACUUAGUAGCUCUGAAAGAGAUCCGGCUGGAGCAUGAGGAGGGUGCGCCCUGCACAGCUAUCAGGGAAGUGUCUCUACUGAAAGACUUGAAGCACGCCAAUAUUGUCACUCUCCAUGACAUUAUCCACACUGACAAGUGCCUGACACUCGUGUUUGAGUACCUGGAAAAAGAUCUGAAGCAGUACAUGGAUGACUGUGGGAGCAUCAUGAGUGUUCACAAUGUCAAGAUAUUCCUGUUCCAGCUGUUACGAGGUCUUGCGUACUGCCACAAAAGGAAGGUCCUCCACAGAGACCUCAAACCCCAGAACCUGCUCAUCAAUGAAAAAGGAGAGCUCAAACUGGCAGACUUUGGUUUGGCACGAGCCAAGUCUGUUCCUACAAAGACUUACUCCAAUGAAGUAGUGACAUUAUGGUACCGGCCGCCAGAUGUGCUUCUAGGCUCCACUGAGUACUCUACACCCAUUGAUAUGUGGGGUGUGGGCUGCAUCUUUUAUGAAAUGAUCACUGGCAGACCUCUCUUCCCUGGAUCAACUGUGGAAGAUGAGCUUCACCUCAUAUUUCGCAUCCUUGGUACUCCUACAGAAGAGACUUGGUCUGGUAUAACGACCAGUGAAGAGUUUAAGACGUACAAUUUCCCUCGAUACCAAGCGGAGCCCCUUGUCAACCACGCACCCAGGAUAGACAGCGAUGGUCAUGAGUUGCUCGCAAUGCUUCUACAGUUUGAGGCUAAGAAGCGGGUAUCAGCUGAGGAGGCUCUCAGACAAUCGUAUUUCAGAAGCCUUGGGGAGCAGGUUCAAACACUGGCAGACACUGCAUCCAUCUUCUCUGUAAAAGGCAUUCAGCUCCAGAAAGAUCCUGGGAAGAGAUCCUCAGUCUACCCAGAGUCAAUGAUGGCCCAUAAGCUAGGCUCUGCACCCUCGCAGUACUUCCAGAGAGAAGCAGCCAAUCCCAGGGCUCAGAGUCACAAUCUCUCCUCCACUUCCACUGGCUGAGUGGCCCCUACCGUUCUGGUAAAUACGGUCUCUUUCAUUCUGUCUGUCUUCUAGCCAUUCCCACUUCUCUUUUUUCUGUUUGGCGUUCACCCGGCCUCUUUCUGUCUGCCCAUCUGCACUUUGUCUUUGUUGCAAUCCCACUUAAAGUAUGGUUCUCCCGGUUGCUGAUCUGGACUAAAUGCUGGUACAUUUCACUUCCCACUUUUCAAAACAACACAUUAUUUGCUACCUGUCUAAACUCACACCGUUUAGUCUUUUUAAUAGUAUUUUUUGUUAAUUCCUCUCCCUCUCACCAUUCUUACUCCUGCUGGCCUCCCUUCACAUUUCCAGCCCUGCACCCACAUGCACCAUCUCAGCUUUCACUUACCUAAUCCUCUUUUUCUCAGAGUGAGCUGCUCCCAGUGUUUAUUUCAGGGAUGAAAGGGGCAAAAGUAUAUUCAUAUAAGAAAGGAAUGUGAUCAGAGAAUGGGGAUUGGGUCAUUUGAUUCCUUUCAUUUUCAGUCUUGUUUAGGUUUCUGCAGCGAGAGAUGUAGCCUUUUUGUUGAGUCUGUAAGUGAGGGUUUGGUUCAGUGUGUGUUUGGGUGGUUGUGUGUUAUAAAUGCAUUUUCUCUUAGCAUGGAUAUGGUGUUUGAUUUACUGCAGUGUGUUACAGUUAGUGGAAAGUGAUUUACAGUAUGAUUUAGCUUCAGCAACAUGAGAUUACACACAGUAUUACAAGCCAAAGAACAAGAAUAUGAUCCAACUGGUAAGUCUUGGCACUGAUAACACCACUGUGACAAUACAUGGCCAAAAGUAUCUGUCCACAUACUUUUGUGUGUUUCUCUCUUUAGGGAUUUUAGACAGUAAUGUGCAACAGUUUACGGAAAUCCCUUUUGACACAACAACACUCUAAUGCACACGCCAUCCUUAAACAAAUGUUGUUCUAGUGUGGUGUGGAAGUAUUUGACUGGCCUGCACAGAUCCCUGGGCCGCUUAUUUAUCGAACCUCUAAGAAUAAUGCGUAUUAAUUGGGCUCUAAUGCUUAAAUGAACAAAAGUUCCUCACUGUAAGUGAAGAAUAAGACAGAUUAACCAAGUACACUUAGCUCUUUUCAGUAAAGUGUAAGAGUAACCUUUAACCUUUAGCUCGCAAGGGAUUAAUGAUUGACAACAUGUAUGCUCAAAGAGAAAGAGCCAACCAUAGUGACUUAACUAAUGGCUCCAGCCCUUUGUUCUUUCUUAAAAAAAAAAAAAUCUCACAUUUUCUCAGUGGCAUGAAGCUCUGCAAAACCAAUAUGAUCUUGAUUUUUUUAAAGAUAAUUUUAUUUGUGUGAAAUGUUUCUAACUCCAAUUAAAAUAUGAGAUAAUCUUUUUAUAAUAUAUAAAUAUAAUAUAAGAGAUUAAAAAUACAUAAUUGUCUGAAAAGGGAACAAAAAGAAUAAAUGAUUACAAAUGCUAGUUCCUAGCUUUGCUCUGGCUGUUUGCACCCAUGACAACAAAUAAAAUAAUAUUAACAGAAAAGGAUAAAACUUUUGCUUCACGUACAUAUUAUUCAUCGUGACCAGUGAUAUUUUCCAACUUUAGAGACCUGUAGAGCUAUAGUAGAGUAAUUAAGUUAAAAUAUAUUUGAUAAGUGUGUGAGUAGCAGUAAAAGUGAAAGAUUUUUACUUUGAUCUUUCACCAAAUUACAUUUUCUUUGAUGAUUUGGGACACCCACUGUGAGCCAGACCUUAUUGCCCAACAUCAGUGCCAGUUCUCACUAAUGCUCUUCUGGCUGAUGGGAACAAAUCCUUAAAACCAGGUUCCAGGAAAGCCGUCCCAGAGGAAUGGAUGCUAUUACAGCAGCUUAUUAAUUACCCAUGGUUUGGAACUAGAUGUUCAGCACUCACGUUUGUGUAUAAUGUUUGUGUGCGUCUGGAGCUGCAAGGAUUAGUUGAUCAACAGAAGAUAAAUAAUUUAAUAAUCAAUUUAAGUAAUCUUUUAAGAAAUAUGCCAUACAUUUGAUUUUUCCAGGUUCGUAUUAUCCAACGUCUUAUAUAUAUUAUACUAAAUUAAAUAUUUGGACAUUUAAUGAGGUCAUCAUGUGACAAGCACUUUUCAUCAUUUUCUGAUGUUUCAUAGGCCGAAGGAUUAAUGGAGAAGUUGGUAGAUUAAAUGAUGAUGAAAAUAAGUGUUAGUUGCAGCCCUUUGUGUGUUCAGUGCUUUUGGCCAUAUAGUGUAUAUUUUUUGUUGCUGGCAUGGAGUGACAUUUGCGAGUGUGUAGUGUUGUGUGUUUGUGUGUCUAAAUGAAAUCCUAACCUUUUUUCAAAUCUCUCUCUCUCUCCU